AUCCAUGCGUUUGCAUAGACUACCUUUAUGAGUUGCAUUUGCAAUUGAAUGAUAUCACUCAGUUAUCAGAAAAAGGUUCUUUGAAGGGAUCCAACAAACGUACGAGCAUUGAUUUGCGAGAUGACAUUUCGAUGUCAUGGUACAUAGUAGAACCACAACAAAAAAAAAUGGUGCACUACGAUGGCUAAACCCACUGAACAUGGCUUUAUUCCUCUAGGUCGGUCAAAGGUCCUUUCACCAUGACAUUUAUUGUAGCAGCGAGACCUGCCCACGCAUGGCUGUCACGUAUGGGCAUCGUACAACAACCUUUGGAACCCAUGCCUGUGGUUGGCUUUUUGCGACUUACUUCGGCUGGUGACCACGGCCUUGAAUCUUGUAACCAAGGCACACGACGGUAUCAAUUAACAAAGCCUAAAAACAUACAAAUCAAAGGACUUGAGCUGGAACUCGUCAUUGAUUUGCAAGUGCAAGAAGAGCAAACCUCGGCUGGAAAGCUAUUUUCAAAGAUAUCUGCGCAGCGGCCAGGUUUCUCGUAUCAAUCUUUGUCCUCAGAAUUGGACGCAGACAUUCGGGCUGAAGAUUUAAAGGCCGCUCUGGCCCAUUGCAAAGCAGGCGACUAUCUUACCUUUUAUGUCCGAGGACUCGCUUUUCCUACUUGGAAACGAUAUUGGGUGACGCUGAAAGACAGUCAGCUUGUACUGCGUGAUUUUUCGUACAAGGAUAAAGGACCGGUGGAUAUUCUUCCCUUGGGGUAUUUGAAAGAUGUACACAAACCGUCAUGCGAGGAUGAGGAAACAGUGUGCAUUGAUCGGCAAAAAGGCGUAGUUUUGCAAUUCGAUCGCACUAGUGCUGUGAUGGUUCAACCUGUACGACUUGACGAAGACGAAGGGCUGGAAGGCAAAAUGUAUCUACUGGCUGAUAAUAUGGCGCAUGCAAUUCAUUGGCGUCGAGCUUUAGGCAAUAGUACCUUUGAGAAUCGAGAUAUAGGGGUCAACCUGAAAUACCUGUGGUAGUCCGUCAUAAUAGAUCAUUUAGAUUGGUUUUUUUUUUUUUUUUUGGGA